AUGCCGAAUGCGCUGCAUUCAGAGUAUAUGACCCUGAAGUCAUUGGGCCGACCUCAUCUGGCUAUCGACGAUGAGCUGGAUUAUCUUGAGUAUGAACUUUACAUGCAGAUCCGAGGUGCAGAGUAUCAGGCUUCGCAGGAUAAUCAACCUGCUGAGUUCAGAACUGUCUAUGCAGACAUGGUAAUUUUGGCCGAAUUACGACGACUCGCCGACAAAUCCGGCUUCGCGCUCCUCCGCGCUCCCUAUCUUGAUUUCUUCUCCACGCUCGCUCGUUGCGUUGCCGCAUUUUCAAUUCUCUCCCCUGAUUCCUCCUUCUCGCCUAUUGUUGUGUGCUUUGCGUCGCGCACAUCUCCGGUCGGCCCGUCGCUCGUUACCUCGUCUGGAAGACGCCUAGGGGCUCCAGCUGCCUCCAGUUUUCCCCUGUCAACGACCAGAGAGCACGAAACUUGGAGUUCGGCCGUCAAGAUCGCUGUCCAAUCGUUCCGCGAGAUUGACCAGGUGCUGGGAGUCGCCCCAGAUUCUGUUCUGCCUCUUCAAAUGCACAGACGCUCGUCUGGCUCCUCGCCUGACGCGGAUGACGCCGAAGACUCCUUGGCAUCGCGAAGCAGUGAACCCAGUCAUGGCUGUGAACUCCCAGAGAAGCCGCUCCCCGAGAUAGCCAGAACCGGGACCAGUAUCGAUCUUCGCCGAGACACCAACGGCAAAUCAACGCCGCGCUCGAGAAAUUCUAGUACGUGGAGGACGCUCUCCUCGGCCACUACGACCUGGGCAUCGCACGAUCCUCCUCGAUACCCAGCCGUCAUGAUAACUCCGCAGCGUCUUGCUAUCGAGGCGUCGCCCGACUCGCCUCACCGGUCGCGACUUGCCCGCCUUCGCAGUCCUUGGUCAUGUUCUAUUUUGACGGCUCUCACUACAAUCCUCGCCUGCGUUUUCCUCUUCUCCAUUGUCCGUUCAUUUUCCGCUCUUCAGACGGGAAGCGAUGGUUGCGGGGUGCCCGUGAUGAGCCCAACCUUUCUGCGCAUGGUGGGGUUUGAUACGGAGCAUACGCGGUUUGCGAGUAAAUAUAACCUCUUUCUGUACAGGGAGGAGGGUGUGGAUCCAUACAACCAUGAGAAUUUGGGAUUGAACGGCGCCCCCGUCCUGUUUUUACCCGGCAAUGCAGGAAGCUACCGUCAAGUUCGAUCGUUAGCCGCCGAAGCCUCGAGACAUUACGCGCAAGUGGUCCAGCACGACCAGGAGCGAUUAAGGGCCGGAACCCGAAGCCUGGAUUUCUUCAUGAUCGACUUCAAUGAGGAUAUGGCAGCUUUUCAUGGACAAACCUUGCUGGAUCAAGCCGAAUACGUGAAUGAAGCGGUGGCAUACAUACUGUCGUUAUACCAUGACCCUCGGCGAACGCGAAGAGAUGCCGAUCUUCCAGAUCCCAGCUCCGUCAUACUUAUUGGACACUCGAUGGGAGGAAUUGUUGCACGUACCGCGUUGACUAUGGCGAACUAUCAGGAGAACUCAGUAAACACCAUCAUCACAAUGUCUGCACCUCACGCCAAAGCCCCGGUCUCGUUCGAUUCGGACAUUGUCCACACUUACAAGCAAAUCAAUGAUUACUGGCGCGAGGCGUACUCCCAGACAUGGGCAAACAACAACCCUUUGUGGCAUGUGACGCUUAUCUCCAUUGCCGGUGGUUCUCGGGAUACUGUUGUCCCGUCUGAUUACGCUAGUAUUUCGUCUCUUGUCCCGGAGACUCACGGCUUCACGGUCUUCACCUCCACGAUGCCUGAUGUAUGGAUCGGAGUAGAUCACCUUUCUAUUACAUGGUGCGACCAAUUCCGCAAGGCCAUCAUCAAAUCUUUAUUCGAUGUUGUGGAUGUGCGGCGGGCUAGUCAGACCAAACCAAGGGCGGAGCGGAUGCGCAUCUUCAAGAAAUGGUAUUUGACAGGGUUGGAGUCGGUGUCGGAGAGGAUGCUCACGCGAAAUGAGCCGAGCACCCUGGUUACACUUGAAGAUCACACCAACACGAUCCUUGCGCAAGGUCAGCGGCUUGUGCUUCGUGAGCUUGGUCACCGUACGGGACCUAACGUGCACCUUUUGCCAGUCCCUCCUCAAGGAGUCUCGGGCAAGAAGUUCACCCUCCUCACGGAUCAGCGUUUGGAUAGAACAGGAGAACAAGGAAGCUUGGAGGUCCUCUUCUGCAGCGUUUUCCCUCUACACAAUGGGAAAGCUUCAUCUGUCUUUGCGUUGAAUAUGGAUUCGUCCGACAGCAGUGGCUCAACGCGCCUUGCGUGCAAGAACGCCGCUGUCGACGAAAUCCACCUUCCCGCAUCGACUCGCACCUCGAGGAACGCGUAUGACCGCGCUAGACCUUUCUCAUAUCUCCAGUACGACCUCGAAGACCUUGCAGAGCACCAGUUUGUGGCAGUUGUUGAUAAAGCCCGUGUGCCUAUGAAGGGUUGGGCCAUUGCAGAAUUUUCGGACAGCUCAGAUGCUUUAAUCAAAGCUCGGAUAGGCUUGGGUGGACUUCUGAGUGCCGGACUGAAAGUACGUCUGCCAGCAAACAGGCCAAUGCUUACAGAGGUGAGAAUCCCGGCUCUAUACUCGAGUUUGUUGGACUACAAACUCCGUGUCGUCCGUCAUCACCAAGCCGGAGACCCGCGAGAACUCUUUGCGCCCCUCUUGCGCCAGUCGAUCGCAGACCCGCACGAAUCCAAGUUCUUCGUCAAUGUUGACAAGGUGAAUGUGAAUCUGCAUGGACUGGCGCCGUAUAUGCCUCCUCCUCUUCGGCAAACAAGCCAAAACGGAGUAUCAUUUCAGCUAUGGACUGAUCCGACCUGCGAUUCCACCGUCGACAUCACUUUAACAGUCGACAUCGUCAGCAGUCUAGGAGAACUGGUGAUGAGGUACAGGACCGUGUUUGCUGCGUUUCCUUUACUCGUGGUUUCCUUGACCCUGAGAAAGCAGUUUCAAGUCUACGACGAGACUGGGUUUUUCAUUACCUUUGCCGAAGGUUUGGAUAGCGCCUUGCGUUCGUCUAUGCCAGCCUUAUUGUUAGCAAUGUCGCUUCUGGCAUCUUCUCUUGCCACGUCAACCAAGCUUCCCACCGGUGACGAUCCUUUCCACUGGGCAACGAAUUCAACCGAGACACCUAUCGAUUUUACGAAGAAUGAUCUCCUUCUGGGCUCCCAGGACGCAUUUUUUUGGUUCCUAGUUCCUCUUUUCGGCCUCAUCUGUGUUGGAGUUUGUGUCCUGCUCAACUACGUCGCUCUCAUUGUCUUACAAAUACUUUCCGUCGUCUAUGGCCUUUGGAACAGCAAGUCCGGGUAUAUCAGGCGUGAUGAAAAGGGAUAUCUUCCUGUCUUUCCUGCACCUUCCCCGAGAAGACGUAUGAUUAAGAUGGGUGUUCUCUUGGUCCUUGUAUCAACCGCAAUUCCCUACCAGUUCGCGUACUUAGUAGCGUGCAUCGUGCAACUGGCGACUUGUGUGCGGGCACAGUGGCAUGCCAAAGAGACUAGGUCGACUGCCCACUAUAAUUUUGCAAACUAUGCAUACUCGGUAUUUAUUUUAAUGCUCUGGGUCCUCCCGAUUAAUAUACUCGUUCUCCUGGUCUGGGCACAUAACCUUGUUGUGCACUGGUUCAUGCCAUUUUCGUCGCAUCACAACGUGCUGUCCAUCAUGCCAUUUAUCAUUUUGGUGGAAACCAUGACCACCGGCUCUAUGAUUCCCAGGGUCACCACACGAUUCAAACACGUCACCUCCGUCCUUCUAUUCUGUAUUGCGGUCUACUCAGCGGUAUACGGAGUAUCCUAUGCCUACAUCUCACAUCACCUCGUCAACAUCCUUGCUGGCUGGCUCGUCAGCAUUUAUUUCUUCCGCAGCGGGUUCUCCCUCCACCGGUUUUGGAAGAUAGUUGAAGGGGAUGAGACGCCCAGCACGCCUGAAUCAGGAAGCCAUAUGAAGAAAAAGCCAUGA